GAACAUUAUCGGUUGUAAAGUUUAUGGUUGUUGUUACCGUUUGACAUAGGUAAAUGGCGAUAGUGUUCUUGAAGAGAAAUAUAGUUAUCUUACUUAGUUAUUUUACUUUAUAAUUAAUCUAUAAAGACAGAAAUAUUAUUUGUGUGGUUAAACUUGUUAAAGUUUUGUGAAGAUGGUUGCCAUAACCGAAGAUGUUCGGAAUCUCUUCAAUGAGGUUCUACAGGAAAUAUCACAAAAUAUUUACCAUAUGAUGGAAGAGUUGUGGACCAAUUGGUCACAUUUAGGAGUGGAGAAUGCGAUUAAAAUCAGCAAUAUCACUAAGCUAGUGCAAAUAGAAAAGGAUCUUCAUCGUGAAGUAAUCUUGGAGACUCAGCAAAAAUUCAAAACAAUGCAGAGUCAAAUUGAUAAACUAAAAGAAGAAACUGAGGAACUCAGUAGAUGUCUGUCAGUAGAUAUAACAAUAAUGGACUUUAAAGAGGAUAUGCUGUUGUUUGAUUAUAAGAAAGAACUUGAAAGUCAAAUUGCCGGGUAUAGGGAACAAGUACUGCAACGGCGAAUGAAAAUGGAAAGAUUGCUCGAGUGGCAAAAGGAUAUCGGAGAGAAGCUCGGAACAACUAUCUACGAGUUACAAGAUGUACCAUUACCAUCUGAAGAGGAAUUAGACAAGUUAAAAAAUCACCUGGAGGUGCUACAAACAGAACGAGAUAAAAGAGUAGAAAUAUUCUUAAAUACUCAAGUGGAAAUAAAAGAUAUUAUGGACAAGUUGCAUAUUAAACCACAAAACAAAUUUGAACAAUUAGUGGUCUCAUCACUGUCGGUGGACUUUAAAGUGACGGAUCUUAACAUGGACAGGCUGGCCAAGCUGCAACAGGAUUUGCAGGAUAAAUACCAACAGACAAAUAAUAGAGUAUUAGAGUUGCGGGAGCGUUUAGCGAAACUUUGGGAUUGUCUUGAGGAGGACCGCAUUUACAGAGAGAACUUCUUGCAAGCACAUGUUGGCUGCAAUCCUGAUACUGAAAAUGCUUUGAAGGAAGAGAUAAGAAGAUGUGAUCAAAUUAAAAGGCAAAAAAUACAGGUGUUUGUAGCGAAUGUGAGAACUAAAAUAAAGCUGAUGUGGGACAAUCUGAUGUACUCGCGGACGGAGCGCGAGGAGUUCGUGCAUUACUACCAGGACACCUUCACUGAAGAUGUUCUUACUUUACACGAGUUAUAUUUGGAAAAACUUACUAAACAUUAUAAUGAGCAAAGGGAAAUCUUGGAUCUUGUGGCGACGCGCAAGAACCUGUGGUGCAAGAUGACGGAGCUGGAGGCGCGCGCCACCGAGCCCGGCCGCUACCACAACCGCGGCGGACAACUCCUCAAGGAGGAGAAGGAGAGGAAGGCCAUCGCCAGCAAUCUUCCUAAGAUCGAAGCUCAGAUACGAGAGCUGGUGACAGCAUAUCAAGAAAGAACUGGAAACACUUUCACAGUGGACGGUAAGCCUCUGCUGCAGCUGAUGCUGGACGAUUGGGAAGACAGGAAAGCAGAGCGGCACAACAAGGUGUCUGCGCGCAAGCAGGCGCUGACGCCGAGCACGCCGCUGCUGCGCUCGCUGGCCACCUCGCCGCUCGGCAAGCGCAACCGCACCGCCGCGGGCCUCACCUCCACCGCGGACAAGAACAGAUUGCCAGUGAAGCGUCAGCUGGUGACGGGCAGCGCUAACAAGGCGGUCUCGAACGCGCACAACAUUUCUGCUUUAAAGAGAACUGCUAUGUCCACCAUUAAAAGGCGUAUAAGUGGCCGACUGGUAGCCAAAGCGGGCGGAGACUCGAAGACCAGUCAAGUGAAGAGAAUGCUGGACUACGGCGUUGACUCCAAAACACCUAAAAUCGCCAUCAACAGUAAUAUACUGAAACACAAACGAACGUCUCACGGCCGCCGCAGCAAUGGCGGCAGAUCCAACAUUAGCUCGCAGGAGGAAGAUAACACCCUCAACAAAGUGAAGAACCCGCUCUCUGAAACUACACUGCUUACUACGUACACCGAUUUUAAGGAAUGUAUUGAUGAAAACAAAAUCAGUCGUAGUUCAAUGGCGGUGAGAGAUCAAGAAGCGAUACCUAACAUACGUCUAGAUGUGUUCGACACGCCGAAGAGGACUCCACGAAGAGCAAUUCAAACUCCCAAGACGGAGAAAGAAAAUAUUUACCACCCUAACAAGGUUUCUAACAUGAUGUACACACCGCAACGACUAACACGAUCAAAAUCCAUCUCCAAGUUAAACAAUGAUGGGUUUGCAACUCCCCAGCCGUUAGCAAAGAGACAAAAUCCUGUUACACCUUUAUCAGCGAAAAACACACCUAAUAAUGUAAGAAGGUCAAAGUCACAAACGCAUUUGGCGCGAGCGAAAGAUCUACCUCCGAUAUUGUAACUCGUAAGACUCGAAAUAUAGGGUUUCAGAGAAAAAUCACAAAACAUCCUGAAGGUACAGGGGCUAAAAUAAGCUACACGUGACAUUUCUGACUGAGGACGUAAAUUUAUUUAAAAAAUUCAGCAUACAAAAAACACGAUUUUAGAUGUAGUCUAAAACCACAGGAACUAGGGGUAAAAACUUGCUAAAGACAAUGGACAACGUCUAAGCUAUGGCUGGACUAUAGCUACAGGGUGUUAAAGCAUUCAGAUAUAUUACCUUUUUUUAUUUUAUUAAAGGAAACCAACAAACGGUACGAGUUUUUAAAAAUAGCAUAGUAAUCUAUAGAUAUCUGCAUUUGCAGAUCUGUUGCCUAUCUUUAAUUGAGAGAAGGAUACACAGACAAUUUCUAACAUAUGCUGUUAUUUAUUUUCAAAGAUAAGGGAUAGAAAAAGUAUUAUUUUUCAAGUGAUUUCUAUAUCUGAUACUUUCACAAGUUUCUAAAACAUACUGCAUUUGCAAUCGUUAGUGACCCCCUGAAUUUUCUAUUGGUGUUCGUUGUAAUAAAUAAUUUUUAGCAACAAAUGUAUGGUUGAAUUAUUUUAAACGAGAAAUUAUAUCUUCAUAUCUUCCGGCAUGCAUUUAUUGUCUAUGGAUUUAUUUAAGAAAGUUCCUGUGUUUGAAUUUACGAUACAAACAUGUUUGUUUUUAAUAAAUCUUAUGUUAUAAAGGUAAAAAUUGUAGAUAUGUUGGUUAUAAUUUCUCAUUUUCAAAGAAUUCAACUUUAUACAAGAAGUUGUAAAAAUUUACCGCUAAUCUAAGAUGAGAUUAUUUCGUUUUUAAUAUUUGUACAUAACUGCAGAGGUUUUGAACUAAUUUAACGCUACUAAAUAUAUGUUUUUAAUUUUGUGCUGGAUAAUUAUUAUUUUUUAUGUUUUAACUGCCUAAAAAGAAAAUGUUUACGACUUCUUAUCAAUAUAGAAAUAAUCGUUUGAGGAAUUUAUUUCUUCUUUCUUGUAAUCCGUUUCAAUGUUUGUAAAGACUUAGUAUUAAUGCAUUUUUGUUUAAGAGAACUUUUAUACGUUCUCUGUUUUAAAAUAAGUUUUCUUUGAAAUCAUGAAUAUUGAUCCACAUUAAUUACCUUUCGUUUGACAAAAUAGUUAGGUCUUCAUAAAAACUUUUCUUUUUCAACAAAUUUAUUUGUACUUUUCUAACCCACCUUUUUAUGUUGUAUAUCAAUAAUUUUAGUUUUAUUAAGUAUGUUGACUUUAUAUUUUGACACAUUUUUAGUUUAGUUUUCAUUUAUUUUUUAGUUUUAGAUAUGUUUUGUAAAUAGUUAAGGCAGCUUUGUGUGCACUAGUACUUAAUAUUCGAUCAGUAUUUAAUUGAUAAAAUUUCGACUAAAGCAAAAUUUGAAGCCGUUGUGGAUUUUUUUUAAACUUAUAGUUUUGGAUAAAUAUAUAUGGUUAAGUUUAUACUGAAAAUUAUAAUGUGUGUUUUUUAUUUAAACAAAUUAAGUGUUUUAGUGCAACAAUUGUAUUUUAAAGAGAUAUAAUCUUAUUAGCUAUAAUUUUAGGU